UAUUCCUGAAUAAUAGAGAAGUAUUAAAAAACAUUAAACAAGGAAAUUCAAAUGGAAAAGCAUAAAAUUAAAUGUGCAGAUUUAAAGAAAUGUGGAGAAAUUACUACUCAGUUGACAAUUGGCCCAAAAGAAUUUUUCUUAAAUUGUAGCUUUUGCGACUACACUUUUCUUCARUUAGGAGAUUUCAUUCAACACAUUUGUGAGGAUCAUAUGUGUAAUUUUAUGAACCCUAAAGUUGAAGAUGAAGAUAAUCAUUCCUUGCAAUUACAGGAAGAURYGGACGAUGGUGAUGCACAGWUCUCGWCGGCARRUUCGAAUGAGGACAGCUAUGACAGUAAAACGAAUUUACAAGACUUUGAAAAAGUUGAAAUAGAGUUGGACGAUAACCAGGUGAAAAAAUCUAUGGAUUUUAAAGAGUUGAACAUAACGGAUGGAUACGCCAGCGAAGAAGCUGAAGAUAGUUUUAGCGAAAGUGAAACAGAAAAAAAUUAUAUUGACAACGAAGUUGAUGUAGAGAACUCUGAAAUUGCGGCUCAUUUAAAGGAAAAUAAUACAAGCGAAAAAAAUAUUUAUAAAGGAUGUAAUACAGAAAAUUCUGAAAUUGCUGCUUAUAUAGAGGAACUUGGUUUAAAUGGAUCGUUUAAUAAAAAUAAGAUGCUCGCAAUAUUUAAAGGGUAUGAAAAGCGGCCUUUUCUGUGGGAUAACGAUUUGCAAUUACCCAGAGAUAAUAAGAAAAGAGAGAAGGAAAUUAAAAAUAUUGCUGAAGAAGUGGGUAUUCCAAGCGAAUGGGAGUCAGUUCGUAAAAUAAUUGGAAAAUUAAGCAGUAGGCUUCGGACUGAAUUGGUACGGAAAAAAGUUUAUCUUUCUAAAGGCAAAAUAUAUACACCUCUUUGGUAUAACGAUCUUACUAUGUUUUUAAAGCCAAAACGAAAAAAAAUUGAGGUAAAACCAAAACCGUUACUGAGGAAAUUCACAACUCCAGAAACCAUUUUAAAUGAUAAACAAACUAUAGUUUUAGCUAAAAUUUAUAACAGUCUGCCCACUCUUUGGGAUGAAACAGAAAUUACAUACAGAUUUAGCAAUAGAAGGCGAGAAGCUUUACAAAUGCUACUCAAAGAUUUUAAUAAGCAAACUGGAUUAAACCUCACAAAAUAUGAUAUGGAAUGCGAAAUUUCAAGACUUCGAAAACUUUCUUCUAAUGAGAAAAGAGAAAAAUUUGUGUGUAAACGACAAAAUAAGAUUUAUAAGCCAUCGUGCACAUUUUACAGCCACAUCGCAUUUCUUGAGACUGACGUUUCGCCUUACGAAUGUCCAAUAUGUGAGAAGUUAUUAAGUGGCACACAACAAUACAAGGUGCAUUUGGCAUCACAUGAUGGUUCGUUGCCAUUUAAGUGUCACAUUUGUGGUCAUGGUUUUAAGUUGGUGACCAAUUUAACGGUACAUUUACGUAGGCAUGCUCAAGACUACUUGUAUAAGUGUGAAGUGUGCGACAAACCCUGUGCAACAACAACUGAAUUGAGGACUCACAUGCGAUGUCAUACUGGGGAAAAACCAUAUGUUUGUGAAAUUUGUGGCAAAAAAUAUCGAUCAUUAGCUGAAUUGAGGCCGCAUAAAUUACGCCACGAUAAAAAACCUCUGUAUCAAUGUGAAAUUUGUAAUAAAACAUUCUAUAUGAGAUCUUUGUUGACAGAACACAUGCAUGUGCAUUCCGAAGUGCGAGACAAAUUAUGCAGUAUAUGUAAAAAAGGAUUUACCAGUAAUAAACAUCUACGUCAACACAUGCUCAUCCAUUCUUCCGAAAAGAAAUAUGCAUGUAAAAUAUGUGGUAAACGUUUUGCACAGURUGCUGGACUUAGUGGCCAUGUGAAGUCACAUGGUACGACAUUAAUUGAGAUUAGUUCAAAAAGCGUUGAUUUAGUACAAGAAGAUCAGGAAUAAAUACUUAUUAAUAAAUAAAUUUAUCAUAGAGUCUAGUAUUAAUGUAUAUUUUUUUGCCUCUAUGUUUGUCGAAGAAUUAGAUUUUACUUGUAUUUGUGCAUCAUAUAUCGUGAUAAUAAGCAGUAAAAAUUUUGUUUGAAUAAAUUUAGUAAAUAAUA